GAGCGCAGCGCAGCGCAGGGAGAGGAAAGGAGGGGAGGGGAAGGGAGGCGGGGCCGGGCGGGGGGGUGGCCGUAGGUGAAGGUUGUUGCAGUGGGUUCAUUAAAAGACAGAGUUCAACUCCUCGCGACUGUAGAGCGCUGCUGGGAGGCGGGUUUGGUGGCUUGCAAAGAAAAAAAAAAAAGAAAAAAAAAAGAAAAUUGGAGAGAGAAAAACUGAAUAUAUUAAAAAAAUAAAUAAAAGGGAGGAAAAAGAAAAAAGAAGCAGAAAGGCGAAGGGGAGUGGAAGAAGAGAGGGCAGGCUCUGCACCCCGAAGCCCAGCGAGCAGGAAGGAUGAUAAACGCGGUGGCCGUUGGGUUGGUGGCCCUCUGCUUCCAGGCCGCUGUCUCGCAAACUACAAAUCUGAACCUUCCUCCUGAAGAUCUUGAUUCAUCUGGUGAUGACGAUGAUGCUUUCUCAGGCUCAGGUGCAGGUCCCCUGACAGACCAGUCUCUCACUUGGAAUAUCCAGGCAGAACCAACUAAUUUCUCAUUACUGGCAAUACCAAAGGAUUUCAAUGAACAGCUGUUCCCUGGGAUUGAGAGCCGAACUGAAAAGGAAGUAAUGUCUCCAUCUGCAACUAGUAGUGUAGUGACAGAGGAGCCAGUUGUAGCUGUGAAGGACGGAAUACCCAACCUGGACUCACCUGCUGAGAAACCAACAGAUGACACUGUUAUAACAACAAUGAGAAGCCUCACUACUCACUUUCCUUUGGUGGUUCAUGUAACUCCUUCAGAAGCCUCAAGCACAGUCAGUGCCUUGGAACCUAAUACCCCUGGCUCUGAUGUGCUGGAUACUAAAGAUGUGCUUGAGCCCCACUCCCCCAUCCAUCAUGAGGGAGACUUUACUGCUGCCCCCACAACAAUGGCUCCUGAGGAUGCAGUUCUUAUACAUGAGGAGGUUUCUGAAGAUGGCUCUGGAGAUCCGGGAGAUUUCAUCUUGAUUAAAGAUGAGGAUUUGGUUCCCACCCAGAACUCUGAAGUGCUGGCUGACUCUGGGAGGAAUGCCAAAGCAGCAGGAGCCUCAGGAAUAAUGGACAGAAAAGAAGUUCUUGGAGGUGUUAUUGCUGGAGGAGUAGUAGGCCUGGCGUUUGCAGUGUUUCUAGUUGUAUUUAUGCUGUACAGAAUGAAGAAGAAAGACGAAGGGAGCUAUUCACUGGAUGAACCAAAACAGUCUAAUGGGGGAUACCAAAAACCACACAAACAAGAAGAAUUCUAUGCAUAAACACUAAGCUUUGGGACACUUCUAAUUUCAUCUUUCUUGGACUCUUCUCUCCCUGCACGUGGACCUCCUUGUGCGCUUGCAUUAAACUUAAGCCAUAUGAUCGUUGGGUAUUGCCCUUACCACCUUGCCACUGGAAAUUUUUUAACUACAAAGUAGAUCCAGAUACACUGAACAUCCCCUGCUUUCUUGCACAACUUUUUGUUUUAUUUUGGUUUUUUGUUUUUAAACAGAAGUGGGACUGCAAGCUCCUCAACUUGUGUUGGUUUAUCUAAAGACUGGUGGGGCAGGCGGUGGGAAGAAGAUAAGGGAGCACUGUAUGUAUAAACCUCAUGUUGUUUAGGGAAAGGGCUGACAAAUAAAUCAUUAACAGUGCUCAAAUUCCAUAUAGCAGGGAUCCUUCCUAUUUAACUCAUAGAUGUGUUUUAAGUGUAACAAAUCUCUGCUCUAGGCCGAAGUUUGGUACACUGCAAUUCUCUAGCUCUUUCUGGCUGCCAUAUUUGGAGCACUUAAUGGCUAUAAACAUCAAGCCAAACAUGAUUUCCAGUGAAAGGAAGUGUGAGAGGCAGGUUUAAAAUAACUUAUAGUUUGGAAAGAUCACAUAUUAUCCCAUACUCAGAACUAGCUCCUAAACAGUUGAUUCAGGUUUUUUUGUUUUGUAUUAGUACUUGCAAGACCCCAAAACUAAGUGGAGAAUGCAUUUUACCAAUAGCAUUGGACUAUCCUUCUCCCCUCUUGCUCCUUCUAGGCUUAAAUAAGAAAUGGAUUUUUUUUCUAAACAGUCCCAUCCCAAACAUUCCCUCUUAGAUGCUAAAUCUAGCCUUAGCUGUUGUGCUGUAGAUCCUAUUAUCCCGUGCUACUGUGUAGCUUCCAGGUAACUGAUGGCUUGUUCUAGCACCUACCUCUCUGUGCACUGUUUACAGUGGUUGCUUCAGAAUGUGGUCUGCCAUCUAUACUACACAAUACCUUGGCACAUAGGGGUAAAAGGUAGAAAACAGCAUAUCAUGACUUUGCAGCUAAGGAGUAGGGAGGCAUAGCAUCUAAGACAAGUUUGAUGAAGGCUGAGCGUAGAUGGCCAACUUCUGCAUCUCCAGAAUGCCCCUCUUCAGUUGUUCCUGCACUUUGGAGAGAAGCAGCUCUAGGGAUCUCAGACUAGAAAGGGCUGAGAAGCACCUCUGGAGGAAAACCCGUCAGCCUGAAGCUGUUCAUGGUCAAUGUAUUGUCAGAUGCAAGGCACUAAAGCCUCACUGAGGAUUUGCAGUUCUCCAGAGUAUCUCUAAAUCAGUUAGGAGAAAAGUGUGGUGUUCUGUACAGGCCUUACUUCUGCUCUGCCUUCAGUUAGCUUCUUGCAAGCUCAGUUCCUCAUUGCUCGGAGCAGAAAGCUUGGGGGGCUGGAGGAGCAUUGACAACUGAUAGAAAUAUUUGUACCCUUGAGCCAGAGGGAACGAUUGGAGAAUAUUGCAACCGUUGGUACAAAUGUUGCACAUUAACAGUAGAACUUAAAUAUCUGAGUAAUUUAAAUGAAGUAUAAAAUGCUCUUGAGCUGCUACGCAGCUAAAAUUGGUGCCUUCUCUACAAACCCAAGGGGAAAAAACACUUUUUUGAUUCAAAACUCUUCUUUAUGCUCAAGAAAAACUUGUGCAUACAUGUAGCUGGCUAUUUUUAAGUAAAACUGCAAAGUCCAUUAUGUCUUUUUUUUUUUUAACUGAAUGAAUUUUUAUAGGUUAAUGCAACAACCAGAUGGUGUUAAUUUCAGCUGUAAUUCUUUGCUUUGUAUAGGAAUGUAGAAACAUUGUUUGAUAGGUCUAUCUAUGAAAAGAUUCUUGUAAAGCACAGGAAGAUAAAGUGAUGAACUUCAGUUGUACCUCACAACCUUGCUAGGGGGAAAGAAAAAAAAAACCUGUAUAUUUUGGUAGUCUAAACUGACAGUUUGUGAAACAAACAUGACAUUGUGUUAUUUAAGUGGUACAAAUGAAAUAGGAGUCAACCAAAUGUUGCAACUUCUGUUAAUCUGUAUGCCCUGUAAAGGUAUACUGCAAUAAAUGACAUUUUGGCGAGAA